UCGUGUUUUUGCGUUUAAUUUUAGUAGGAAAUCAAAUAUCAAUUAGUUUGGGGUUGUUAUAAAAUUAACUCAAAAAUGAGUGAGGCAAACGCUCCCAAGGAACUUACAUUUGCAGAAAAACAAGCAGAACGCAUGAAAAGAUUGCGAUCGUUACACAGCGCCAGAAACGAAGCAAGGACACAGAAUCACCAAGAAGUUGUAGCAGAGGAAGCAAGAAACAAGUUACCUGCAAACUAUGAGGCUAAAAAACGGCAAGCUGAAUGGGUUUUAGAGGACCAAGCUAAAAGAGAGGAGGCCUCAAAGCAGGGCAAAGACUACGACAGAGUUAAACUCCUUAACAUUUCUGCGGUGGAAGCUGAACGACUGGAACGUAAAAAGAAGAAAAAAAAUCCUGACCAAGGAUUUUCUACUUACGAGCAAGCAACAGUGCGGCAGUACUCGAGACUUGUGAAAAAUAUGCCAGCACCAGACAUGGAGCAAUAUGAGAAGCAGAAACAAAAAUAUGGCGACGCAUUUUACGGUGGGCCUAACGUAAUUAUACAUGGGAUGCACGAGGAUCGCAAAGAAGCAGUUGACAAAAUGGUGAAUGAUAUUGAGGGACAGAUAGCUAAGAGAUCCAAAUAUUCGAGAAGGAGAAUCCACAACGAUGAUGCAGAUAUUGACUACAUCAACGAACGGAAUGCUAAAUUCAACAAGAAACUUGAGAGAUUCUAUGGAGAGCACACGGCUGAAAUUAAACAGAAUUUGGAGCGUGGAACAGCAAUAUAAAAUAUGUACUAAAAAUAUUCUCAUUAUCUUAUAUAUAAAA